AUGAGAGUCUCUACAGCUUGCAUUGUUUGUCGUCAGAGAAAAGUCAAAUGUGUGCACCAAGGAAAACCACCAUGCAAUCAUUGUCGAAAUAUUGGCAAUGUGGAUAACUGCGUUCUUUACACAACAAAAGAGUACUCGCAAGUAAGAGGUCCCGGAACUAAAAGAAAAAUAAGCACGGGUAGCAAUAAGCUGGAGCUAAAAAAAUCAAUCGAAUUUGCUCUCCAACACUAUCCUGAACUGUUUUUUUUAAACUCAUAUUCUUCCAGAGAAGAGCUUGACACGAUGGACACCCUUCUUAUACUCUCGAUGAACACGCUAGCUUCACUGUUUGAUAAGACGCUGACAGAAAAGGAGAAGAAGGAAAGAUAUAUAAAUUUAGAAACACAAUUUAUGUCCAUUUUGGAAGACAAUAAAGCAGAUACUGUUCUCAUCAUGCAGUGUUCAAUAAUAUUACUGAUAAUCAACUGGCAAAAAGGAAAAACAUACAAGGGCUAUUUAGUAGGGGGGAUCGCUGAAAGAGCAUAUAAGACUUUAUUCGAUCUGAGUUUGGAAAAUGACUCAAUAUCCAACAACGAAUUAUGUUUGAGAACGAUAUGGUCUUAUCAAUUGAUAACGUUAUCGUUACGAGAAGAAUCGAUUGAAGUUGUGAAAUCAAGGCUUCAUAAGUUUAGACUUCCAAUAGAAGAUCCCCAAUGCACUUCUGAAAAUGCUGAAAGCCCAGUUUAUGUCAGCAGUAUAACCAAUGGAAAAAAUCAUAACUUAACAUCGUUGUUGAUCAUGUCUUCAGAAGUCUGGAUAGAUUGUUUGGCUUGGUUGGUAAAAGGGGGUAAAUUUUUUUACAAGGAGGCUCCUUGGGAUCCGAAUAGUGCAUGGAACAAACUAGAGCAAAAAAUACAAUCAUUUCACGAUGCUUUAGGGGAAAAAGAAAAAUUCAGCUACAGCAAUUUGGUCUUAUCCUUUGUAUCAGGCAAAGGCAAUAUAUACUGCUCAAUGCAUUUAACAUUAAUGAUUUCGGGAAUACUAAUUCACAGAGAAUUUAUACCUUUCAUUCCUAGCGACACUGACGGAGCCAAAGGCCCAUAUGACAAACUACCAUGGUUGAGUGAAGCUCCUUCAGGCUGGUGGCAGCAAUCGGCGACUUCAGUUUUUGAAGCUGCCAAAAACGUGUCGAUCAUUCUGGAUAUAUCAAGACAAAAUGGGAAAUACAGCUGCAACAUUUAA